AUGCAACCUGCCAACAAGCGCUUUGCUCAGCAGGGAUUUCGUGAUGGUGCAUUAUUUCGCGCCAACAGCAAGUCUUCUCCUCAGUCGGCCGCCGGUGUUGCCGGCUUGAGAUCCGGAAUGCCUAGUGCCUCAGCACCGAUGGCGCCGGCGCUCACCGAAGCCCCAGGGACCCGAGGUAUUCCAGACAUCUACGAGCAUCAUCCAUUGCCGAACAAGUUCCAUACGCGUAUGGUGAUACUACAUCCAGGGACUGGUCAAGAUGAACUAUCAUGUCAUCUGGUAGUAGCAAGGCCAUCGCCAAAAACGCAGAAAUACAUCGCUCUGUCCUAUGUAUGGGGCAACCCUCGAAAAGUGGUCAAGAUGACCUGCGAUGGACAGCCCAUUAGCAUCACUGCCAAUCUAGCCGACGCUCUUCUUGCUCUGCGCCAUCCCCAGCACUCGCAACGCAUAUGGGCAGACGCCAUCUCGAUCAAUCAGGCUGAUGAGGCUGAAAAGUCUCAACAAGUCAAGCGAAUGGGAGUCGUAUACAGUACAGCGGAGCAUGUCGUCAUCUGGGUUGGCCAUGAUGUUGAUCUCAUUGCUGAGGAUUGUUUUGCCGUCAUCAGAGAUACGAAUCACUACCUCGGCGGAGAGCUGACAAGGUGUGGGGAUACGACAGACAUCCCAACGCUCGUGCGGCCGUACCCCAUCAUCAGCGACCGCAAAAGAUGGGACAAAGUGCGCCAGCUGCUGGCUCAGCCAUGGUUCCGGCGGGUCUGGGUUAUUCAGGAAGCGGGCCUCGCUCGCAGUUGCACCAUGCGUUGGGGAGAGCACGAGAUUGAAUUUGCGCACGUCGUAGAACUGGCGCUGUGGCACGUCCUACGUGAAGACUUCGCGGAGGUUGCUGGGCCUUUGAAUGCCCUUCGGCUCACCGACGUUUUCAGGGACAUACAUCUGAACUACGACAACAAGGAGACGUGGAGGACGAGUCUGCCUCUGCUCCGAGCUGAGGUAGGCCUGAGCAGCAACAAGCCUCAGAUCUUCCUAGACAUCCUCCUAGCCGCGAGCGGCUUAUUGGCGUCUGACCCGCGCGACUACAUAUUUGCGUUUCUGAGCAACUCCCACGCGCUGUACCCAGAAGGAAAACUUCUCUUGGAUCCCGACUAUAGCAAGGACUUGAGUGACAUCUUCUACGAGACGGCGUGCGCUGUUUUGAGGCACCCAAAAGAGGCACCCUUCUUGCUGUCUCGUGUCAAGCACCUCUCCGAUGAGAGUUUGACGGACCACAAGUUUCCUUCAUGGCUUCCACGCUGGGACAAAGUCAUCGACUUUACCAUCUCGCGACCGAAAUUCUGGUACAGCGCGGGGGGCUCGGAGGAUUUCGCCCCAGUCGUCCACCUCGACAGGUCUUUAUCUACACGCGGCGUUAUAUUUGACAAGAUUGUUUACACGUCGCGGAAUAUCACACGGAACAAUGUUUUGAAGGACCCUGCUGAUUGGGACGAGGAAUUCCGUACAGCUCGCAAGCCUUUCAUCGAUGUCCUCUGGGAAGAGACUCUUGUAGCAGCGAAACCAGUCAGUGUAAGUGCAUUCGAGAGCGACUUUGCCUGGACCCUUGUGCGAGGAUACCCAGCGACGCCAGGAAAAAUAAGCGAGGCGCAACAAAUGGACGAGUUCGCCGCCUACCGCCAUCUUGUCCGACAGGCGUGUGGCUCUGAUGCGCUCAAAGACAACUUUGAAGUCGGCCCAGGCGAUGCGCGGUUCCCCAGGAACUUUCUCCAUCGUUUGAACUACUGCGACAAACUGCGUGUCGCCUUCACGAACUCUGGACGUCUUGGCUUGGUUCCUCAUGUUUCCCAUCCUGAUGACAUUUGUUGCAUUAUGCCUGGCGUCCCGGUACCCAUGAUUUUACGACCUCGGAAGGAUGGCAUGUUCACCUUUGUUGGAGAAUCAUAUGUACAAGGGGCUAUGGCUGGCGAGGUUCUGCAGGAUGUUGCUCGCGGGAAGCUCCGCAUGGAGACAAUCACGCUGUUGUGA